AUGGAUGUUCCACGUCGUUUUUACAUAACUAUCAGUAAUUCCCUCAAUCACGGCAUCAAUCUGAUGAUUCCUAAAGCGUUUGCGAAAGACUGGAGGCAUGAAUUCGGCGAUACAGUACGUGUAAUUGCGUACGAUGGUAUAAUUGCGACAAUAAAAUUAGAAACAGUUAAUGGGAAAUUUUAUUUAACUGAUGAAUGGGAGCAAUUUUUCGAUCAUCACAAUUUACACGAUGGUUAUUGCCUAAUAUUUGAAUAUAUCGAAAAUUUGACAUUUAAUGUGAUCAUAAUGGAUGAUUCUGGGUUAGAAGUGAAAUAUGAGUGGGACGUCUCCGAAGAAGGUGAAGAAAGCAACAAUUCGAAUAUGGAUAAUCCUAUAUUCGAAGUGAAGUUAACACCCCGUAAAUAUGGCCAUUGA